CGCCCUCCUGGCGUGGCGCUCAGCUGAGAGUCCCCGGCAGGAAGUUCCGCGGCUCCUUCGCUGGUCGCUUCCCCGAGAUGCCUUUGCUGGUCAAUGGGGAGCGGGUGGACUUGUCCCAGCCCACGAGGGAGCUGAUCUACACCUUCCCGGAGCUGGAGGAACAAGCCAAAAUCUUAAGAGGUCAGCCGGCUCAAUCAGUAGGUCCCAAAGGACUUCUGUAUGUCCAGCAGAGAGAAUUUGCAGCCACCACUCCUAAGGAUGCUUCUGUCUCUAUUCUCGGAUCGGAUGAUGCAACUACCUGCCACUUAGUGGUCCUCAGACACACAGGCAGCGGGGCUAUCUGUUUGACUCACUGCGAUGGAUCAGAUACGGAAACAGAAGUUUUGUUAGUUACAAAUGCAGUGAAAGUGCUUUCUCCUAACACAGAAUGUGGAAGGUUGGAAGUACACCUGAUUGGAGGAUUCAGCGAUGACAGGCACUUAUCCCAGCGACUUACCAAUCAGCUCCUUAGAGCGUUUGACCGCUUGCAGGAUAAUGUCCAUUUAGUGACCUUCUGCGUGACAGAAUUAAAUGACCGGCAAGAGAAAGGCAAACAUUUGCCAUUCAUUUAUGGAAUUGCUGCGAAUGUUAAAACGGGAGAGAUUUUCCACGCAACGUUUCCAGACAAGGGGCCCGAUGUGGAUCUGCGGUCUGCCAGUAUCUUAACGGGAGCCAAGAUGGUUAACGUUUAUGACUCGAGAAAGGAGCAACUGUGUAUUGGCCCUUACUUUUGGAUGCCUUUUCCCCAUGUGGAUUUCUGGCUAGCCCAGGACGAUCAGCACAUCUUGCAGAAUCUCUCGACGUCGCCUCUGGCUGAACCGCCUCACUUUGUUUCCCACAUUAGAGCGACUCUGAUGUACUUAAAAGAGCAUCCCUUUCCAGAUAAGACACUGUUUCCUAGCAGAAAACCUUGGAUAUACAGGAAAAACGAGAGUGGCCUAUGGGAGAAGGUCUCUUCCGACCAGAUGUGACUUUUGAAAGGGUCCGAGUGAGACUCUGAAGGUGUGGAAUUGUGCCAAAGGAGGAACAGCCAAUCCGGAUGGCAGAGACUGCACUUGACUUCAGUGAAUAGCUUUUUUUCCUUUUGCUAAAAUGAAACAAGACUGUGGAAGCCGACCCUGUUUGCACAGCGGCAUGUCCUCAAAGACUCAAAUAAUAACAAAGAUACGUAAGGUUUCUGUAUUUUUACUGGAUGAGAUUCUAUCUGUGUGGGGAUCAAGCUAUAAAGCAGGUCUCCCUGUCAUGCCACUGCGGAGGGUGCAAUAUCCUUCAGACAUGCACAUCCUUCCCAAGUUCCGGGGUGCUCUUUGGAUUUGUGGGAGCUCUGAGCCAAGAGUCCUCUGUCAUUCUCCCCUUGCCCCGGGCCACAAUUGGCAGGCUUGCAGUGCUGUGUAUAGCAUUGUAAUUCUGGGUCCAGCCCUCAUUUUUUAAGUGCCCCCACUGUAGCGUUGGUCUGGGGCACUGCCAAAAAUUAAAAGGCUAGCUCGAGCCAGUUGCCCAGUGUUCCCCCCCCCCUUAUAGCUUUAUUUGAAACAGGUGGAUUUUCGGCUAGUAUAGAAUAUCUCUGGAUUAUUUGUGGCAAUCUGUGGAGCAGUUUGUCUGCAUGCAAGGAACUCACUGCACAGCUAUUUGCGGAAGGAACUGGAGCCCAAAGCAAAGUUAUGGCCUUAAGGGGAAAGAUCUCAGAAAAGCAAUCUGCACUUAUCCGAGGGAAGUAAAUUGUACACAGGAAAAAGGUAACAUGCUUUUGCCAAUACAGUGAUUGACAGGUGGCUUUACAGGGAUGCAAAAUUUUUGGCCCUGCAGACUCCAACUCCCAUCAACUCCAACCAGCAUGGCCAAUGGUCAGGGAUGAUGGGAGUUGCGAAUCCCAUGGAUAUGAAUGGGAAACCCUUUCCGGGGUAACAGGAAGAGAGACAUGCGCCUGAGCAUGAAAGUUUAUUUUCUUCUCGAACUGCUUACAUGUGAAAACCUUGACACAAACUCAGAAACUAACAAGUUGAAGAACCUUUAUUGAAGCAUUUGGGAAGUAUCUAAAUUAGGUCUGUAUCCCAGCAAAACUGCUGGCUUAACAAUAUAAAAACAUUAAAAUUUGUAUUAACGAUUAUAACUUCCACCCAUUUCUCCUCAGUGAACCCCAAGUUAAUAUUCAUUUUACCAAAUAAAAUGCCAAGGAAGACGA